AUGUAUUUCGGUAUACUUGGAGUUGGACUAUAUACAGUUAGUGGUGCAUUGGUCCUAGCUGCAAGAACUCGUGAUUCCGUAUAUCCUAGAACCGGAGAUCAGACCUCUGCUCUGGUGGCCGGAUCAUUGGCUAUUAUCAACGCUUUCGUAAUGCUAUUCGAUCUAAGCUUGGCUUACUUGGACUCGGAGGAAUUUGACGAAGAAGCUAGUGAAGUGGUAUCAGCGGCGGCAGAUCCUUACGUGGACGCGUGGUGGUCGGGAGCAGGCGGCGUGUUGUUUGGAGUGUGUGGCGCGCUCACACUCCACUCCUGGAUCGACGUGCCAGCAUGUCAUAGACGUACAUAUGCUCAAAUUACAGCACUCUGUGCCAUCGCUGCUGCCGUGGUACUUACUAUAGACUCAAUGCUAGCUUUGUGCUCGGCGCAUAAGGAUGGGACCAGUACAAGAACGAAGAGUCAAAAACCCGCAAAGGCGUGA